CUCUCUCCUUCCCAGGCUCCCUCCCCACGCCUGGCUCCCUUCUGCUGCAGCAGCGAGGAGACCUAUAUAUCAGAGCCAGCGAGGAGGUGUGUCUGCUGACAUCACCCUAGAAAUACGGUGCAGCAGUGCGGGAGCGGAAAGGGGUCUGAGGGCGGGAGCACUGCACGAAGGACCUUGCCUUGGAAUCUCUUCCCCCAGAAAGGGAAGGCUGGGGGCGCGGGCAGCGACUUGGCAGCUUCCUAGGCACAUCUUUCCCUGCUCUCCCCAGCUGGCAGGGAGCCCCGGGCAGCUGCAGGCGGCAGACGGAGCCGGGACACGCCUGGCACCGAAUGGGCCGGACCGGGCAGGCAAUCACUGAGAGGACGGGAUCCCAGGCAGCAGCAUCCGGGAAGACGGAGGGCAUCCAGGCUGGCGGGCGUAGCGGGAAACGUUUGAUUGCAGCCGAGCUGGGGGAGAGACAGGCGACUGCAAUCUCCUCCCCCACACGCACAGCUGUCGGCGGAUGGCACUGGGAUUAUUACAGAUGGCUGGGCUGAUGACUGCGUGCUCUUGACCCGUCGGGGCUGCCUCUGAUCCCUGCACUCCCGGAGUGGGAGGCUGGCAGCCGGAGCUGCAACUCUGGGGGUGCCCGGGGGGAGAGUUAGACGUUCUGGGCACAGCUCUACUGACCUCCUUUUUUCGCCCCUCACAACCCAGCUCUGAUCCCAGCCCACUGCCCUUUCUCAGCCCCUCCCAAUGCCUGCUGGGCCCGGCGGAGAGCACGCGGCGUGCGAGUGACCCCUUGCUGCCAGCUUCCCGCCAUGGCCUCUUCGGACGGUUUGCAGUACCGCGCGCUCUACGAGUAUAAGAAGGGCCGGGAGGAGGACCUGGCGCUGUGCCCCGGGGACCUGGUCACCGUCAGCAAGGCGGGACUGCUGGGCACGGCAGACUACAAGGAGGGGGACGAGAGGAGCCCCAAGGGCUGGCUGAACGGCUUCAACGAGCGCACCAAGGAGCGGGGCGACUUCCCGGGCACCUAUGUGGAGUACCUGGGCCCUGUGAGGAUUGUGCCCAGCGCUCUCAAGGCUCGGCCCAGGCCUGUGCCCCCCACCCCCACCAGCCAGCUGUGGGGACCCACUGGGCAGGCCGAGGUUGCAGAGUUAAGGCUCCCUGAACAAGCACCUCUGAUUGUAAUGAGACUCAUUGAAGCUUUGGAAAAACAAGGCAUCGACAACGAGGCUCUUUACCGAGCCCCUCCUGGCUCCUUCAGCAACCCUGAGCUCAAACAGGCUCUUCUGACAGAUGCAGCAGCUGUAGACACGGACCCAUUUGAUGGGCAGACGUUGGCCGAGGCACUGAAGUGGUACCUCCACGAGCUCCCAUGCCCUGUGAUCCACCCCGCAAUCUACAGCGAAUUAGUCUACACUGCUCAAGAAACCCAGAGCCUGGAAGAGUGCGGCCAGCGGGUGAAGGUGGUCCUGGAGUCGCCCACCCUCCCCCAGCAGCACGGCCUCCUCCUGCAGCACCUCACCAGCCAUUUCUGCAAACUGGGUCAGAAUGGCAGCAAAAGCCACCUCACCCCCAGGGCCCUGGGGGAGCUCUUCGGCGACGUGCUCUUCCGCCCACCGGCGUCAAGCACGGAGGUGAACUCAGAACACCACGCAAAGAUCAUCGAGGCUCUCAUUGUGGCUGGAGGCAUGGCCGAGAUGCAAGCUGCACCCGCUCUUCCUCCAAAGCCCCCAAAACCGAUGACUCCGGUCAACACAAAUGGAAUAAAAGACAAUUCCAGUUUCUCCUUGCAGGAUGCAGAGUGGUACUGGGGGGAUAUUUCAAGGGAGGAGGUAAAUGACAAAUUACGAGACAUGCCAGAUGGAACAUUUCUGGUGCGCGAUGCAUCAACCAAGAUGCAGGGAGACUACACUCUGACAUUGCGGAAGGGUGGCAACAACAAACUGAUAAAGAUUUAUCAUCGGGAUGGAAAAUAUGGUUUUUCUGAUCCAUUGACAUUUAACUCUGUUGUGGAGCUGAUUAACCACUACCGCCAUGAGUCUCUUGCCCAGUACAAUCCUAAGCUUGACGUGAAGCUGAUGUAUCCAGUAUCCAGGUAUCAACAGGAUCAGUUGGUGAAAGAAGAUAACAUAGAUGCAGUAGGUAAAAAGCUUCAGGAAUACCACUCUCAGUAUCAGGACAAGAGUAAAGAGUAUGACAGAUUAUAUGAAGAAUACACCAGAACAUCACAGGAAAUUCAGAUGAAGAGAACUGCAAUUGAAGCAUUUAAUGAAACCAUUAAAAUAUUUGAGGAACAGUGCCACACGCAAGAGCGAUACAGCAAAGAAUACAUUGAACGAUUCCGCAGAGAGGGGAAUGAGAAGGAAAUCGAACGAAUUAUGAUGAAUUAUGAGAAACUAAAAUCACGCCUGGGAGAGAUCCAUGAUAGUAAAAUGCGUCUGGAGCAGGAUUUGAAGAAACAAGCUCUGGACAAUAGGGAAAUUGAUAAGAAAAUGAAUAGCAUCAAACCUGAUCUUAUCCAGCUACGCAAGAUCAGAGAUCAGUAUCUUGUAUGGCUCAAUCACAAAGGAGUGAGGCAGAAGCGAAUAAACGACUGGCUGGGAAUCAAAAAUGAAAAUAUUGAUGAUACUUACUUUGUGAAUGAAGAAGAUGAAAACUUGCCACAUUAUGAUGAGAAAACUUGGUUUGUUGGGGAUCUCAACCGUAUCCAAGCAGAAGAUUUGCUCCGUGGGAAACCGGAUGGAGCGUUUUUAAUUCGAGAGAGUAGCAAGAAAGGAUGUUACGCUUGUUCUGUGGUAGCUGAUGGCGAAGUUAAACACUGUGUGAUCUACAGCACUCCAAGGGGUUAUGGGUUUGCAGAACCAUAUAACCUGUACAGCACACUUAAGGAAUUAGUCCUUCAUUACCAGCAAACAUCCCUCAUUCAACACAAUGAUUCCCUAAAUGUCAGGCUUGCCUAUCCUGUCUACGCACAGAUGCCCUCCUCCCUUUGCAGAUAAAUUCUAGGGAGGGGGAAAGUGUUGGCUAUCUUGGAUUCUUUUCUACAGUUUUUAUUAGAACUCUGAGGGCAUUCUUUCUCCUUAGACUGCUUGUUUUGCACAAGAAGUGAGUCUGUGAAUGUGAAUCAAAGAGGCCUAGCAGCAACAAGACGACAACUUGGGUGUAGGUGUCCUGGUGCUACCUAAAGCUCAGCUUUGCUUUUACAGAUACUUUUUUGUUUCCCUCCUGGGGGAAUAAACUCAACGUAAACACAUCCAAAAAACUGGAAGCAAAACAUUUUAUGGAGAUAAUUUUUUGCCAGGCACCUUCAGCAGAACUUUUAAUUGGGAUUUUUUUUUCUUGUUCUUGUGGAGACAAUUUUGAAGCCUCUAUUGAGGCAUCAGUAACAUCUUUCAGUCUUACACUCCAAGAAACUAGGGGAGGAAACUCUACACAGCAAUGCUCUCCGUUAAUUUUAGCAGCUUCACUGCAAUUCAGCCGAACUUCCAAAUGAGGGCUUAUCUUGAGGAGGCAUGGAAUUUGGUGAGAGAAGACCAAAGGAAUUACGGGAAAGCUUCAGGUUAUUUAAAAGGAAAAAAAUCCUUAUAAAGAAAAGUUGCUUUAUUUUUUACCAACAGUAACAAAGUUUUUUGGUUUCAACGGCACUACAGGUCUUCGCUUAAAGGAAAUGUUUAUAACCAAAUUGAACCCACCAAAACUUUGUUCGUUGCUGGAUUGAGCACUUAUGGGGGAAGGUUGCAUUAGCAUCCGCAUAUACUUUCUACACCAAAACUUGAAACAAAUAAAAGGAAAAGCUAAAACUUCUUGUGUGGUUUUGGAAACUCUAAUCUGUCUGAUUUGAUGUAAUUGCUCCUCCUUCCUCUCCCCUCUUCCGUGUUUUUUUUUCUUGGUUUUGUUUUUUGUUUGUUGUUAUUUUGGGACACUUCUUUCCAAAUCUUUAGAUACUAUGCUUUGGAAUGUAAACCAGAAUGAAGCUGGCCACUCAUGUUUUGUGAGUUUUGUUGCUGAAUGAUGAACUAUUCUUUUGAAACCCUUGUAACUGUUUUGUAAUGUAAGUAUAAAGAAAAGGUGCAAUGCAGUGCUUCUGGAUGGCUUCUUAUACCAAAUAAUUACAUGAAGACCAGUCCUCAGAUUUUUUUCUAUUAUAAAUAGUGUGCUCAAUCAUACAAAUAUCCUUUGACUUGUUCACCCAUGGACCAGAUUCUGAUUUCCGUUACUUCACUGAAGUCAGGUACUCAAAAUUUUAUGCUAGCAGAAUCUAGUUUCACUAUGUAUAGCCAUGUUUAGUGUUGGGCAAUAAUAAAAAAUUAACCUGCAUUAUUUGUAAACACAGCAGCCAGAUAAGUAGUAGCCAAAGGAGGAAGUGGAUCUUCUGCUAUGAGACAGGCAUAGACUAUUCUAAAAACUACAGGUUCUCUUGUGCAUCUGCUGAAGCAUCUGAUACUGUCUAACGAUGGGUAGGCAGACCCUGGGUGUGACUUGGUGCAGCAAUCCUGUGUUCCUAAAAUGCUUAAGCCAAGGAAUAAUUGCACUUGAAGAGAGAUGUAGGUUGUCCCCAUGAUAUGCGUGACUCAGUAUUUUGAUUUGCUCCUCUUGAGUCUCUACAGUGGAAAACUAAAUUAGGUAAGAGUAGCUUUGUUUGGCAACAAAGCACAAAUGGCAAAGUAAUUAUUCCAUCUGUGGCCUUAGAAUUAAAUUUUUGCUAUUUUUAAUGUUAGCAUUUUGUUUCAUACCCACUGUAUGUAAAUUGCACAGGCCAGGAACCAGUCUAGUGUUAAGACACAAGUCUGCAUGUCAGGAGCCCUUGGGUCUGUUCCUGACCCUGCCACUGGCUUCUUGUUUGAACUUGAAUCACCUGUAAUCCCUGCGGAAUAAUGGCAAGGCUGUUGAGGCUUAAUUAAUGUUUACACUGAGAAAUCAAACACAGGCACUAUAAAAUACUGUUCAGCAGAGUAUUAUUUAUUCAUGAGUAGGGCUGUGACAGAUCUUGAACACUGAUAAAUAAUAGUGGAAAGGGCAAUUUAGAUUGCUUGGCAUGUCCAAGCAACACUUUAUUUUGCACUAAUGUGCCGCUGGUUAAACCCAGCUGCUGGUUAACCAGCUAGAAUGCGAUCUUCAAAUGAAUAAGUGUCAAGGCUUGAAAAGACCCACAAACUGAAGCUGAUAGAUGUCUCAUGUGAGAGGAGAAUGAGACUAACACAAGGCCCCAUGCCCUGGUUGGCUACUAUGUUGCUGGUAAAAUGUCUGUCCUAUUCAGUAAAAAUCUACAUUUGCUGCUCCAGCUGUAGGUCAGAAAUGGACUUUUUUUUUUGUAAAAGCAACUUGCCACAUCUCUUAAGUUACAGGUAAUCCAGUGACGGCAAAGCAUUCUCAUGCUUUAUCUCUUGCCCCUCCAGCAUUCUCCCUGCCACUGGUUUCAAUCUAGACUACACAUAGACUGGGUAGAUUUUUCAAAGGUACAGAUAGCAGUUAACUACUCUCUGGGCCUUUGAAAAUCUAUUGCAUCACAUCAUGAAUCUUCUCUUUCUUCCACUGGAAACUAGUGGAGUCAAUGGAGUUAUUCCUCAUUCUCUAUUCACACUGGUGAGAAUCUGCAAACUGUGAAGUGUCUUGCAAUCUGAACUGUGACAUAGGUUUUCAUAUUAACCAGCAGCGGUCAAUUAUUAGACUAAAUCCUGGCUCAGUUUCUCAGCACCACUGGCAGUGGUGCAGGAAGGAGAACUACUUCUGAAGGUUUCUUGUAGUUGAAGAUCACUGAGCUUGUGAUGUGUUAGGCCAGAUUCCACUUUUGGUUAUGCCUGUAUAAAUUCAGAGUAAUUCAAUUGGCUUCUGUGAAGUGACUUUGGCUUUACAGUGGGGUGUGAAUGAGCUCAGAAUCUGCCCUCCCCCCCAUUUCAUAUUUCUUCACCCUUCAUAGGUGCUGCAUUGUUAUGAGCAAUACAUCCAUCCAGAAAGCUAAAAGCCAUCUAGAAGCAUUUUUAUUCUUUUUCCCCCUACAUUUCAGAUUAGAACUGUGUUCAAAUUAAAACUUAAAAGUUCCUCACUUUCUCCAUCCCUAUCUCCCUGAUGACUCCUGAUUUGUCCAUGUGCCUUUUUGCACUUGAUUUUGGCACACGAGUUACAGCUUGCUAGUGUUUUACCCAUUUUAUGGUCACACAUGCCACUGCACACCUCCUUUUGCGUCAGUUUUUGCACUCGUGGCAAGUGAAAAAUGGGUAUAAAACCAAGUGAAAUACAUAGCAGGUAUAAUCCACUAGGGGGCCUGCUCCUGCUCCCAGUCACUCCACUUGGCCUCAUCCUGCUCACUCACUGGUAUAAAACCAAUGUAACCCUGUUACUCUGCACAUGACUGAAAGAGAAAUUGGAAUUAGGCUCAGUAGGUGCAGGAUUGGGCCCUAGUAUGAGCUGUUAACAAGCUUAAAUACAUAUGAGAGAACAUAAGGGCAAAGAAAGGGAAUAAAAUAUAAAAAAUCUUAAAAAACCCCAGAAGACAGUAUGCUCGUGUGUGAAUAGAGUGCAGAAAAGUUCAAGGGUCAAAAGAUGGGGAAUUUAUGUUCAGUGUAUUGGAGCAGCCAUUUCUUACUUGACUGCAGCUAGAGUAGUACUGAUCUCACUGACCCAUGUUGUAUUAAGUAUAUAUAGAGAUUUAAAUAAAACUUUUUUUUGCACAGUAUUAAAUGGGGGAAAUGAUAUUGAGACCUUCUAAUAUGCACAGUUUCUUCUAUCUGUUUGAAGUAUAUUUGCAGGGAACAGGGGUGAUACAGUAUUUUGCUUUUUCACAAAUGGGGAAACCAGUUCUACUUCCACAGUUGCCAUUGUGCCCUUUGUACACACACAGCAGCCAAGAACAUCAUGUUGCUGAAGUUCCUAAACUUCCAACUCUCCUCCCAUUAGUUCCUUUACCAGUCGCACGUCUUACUGCGAACAAGUAGGGAGUGGGGGUGUUGAGAUGAGUUGGUAAGUUGCAGUUUGAGGCUGCUGCAAAGUUUUCCCAAAGAGCACAGGUGCAGUCUAAAAACAAGGGUGUCUCACUGAGUAUUUGAACCACCGUGUAAUACAUGAACAUAUAUGGUGGCGCAUUUUCCAGUUAAAGGGGGAGAGAAGUUGUCUGAACUGUUUCUGGAAGUGAUGGCGCAAUGCCUGCCAUGUACCACAUGUCCCCUAGGUCUGUACUGGGUUCUGAGGCAGUAAAACUCUCUUCUCUCUGCACCAAGAUCAAACAUGGUUUCUCCAUGUGCAUGCACACUUCCAAAGGUGACAGAGGUAGAAAAGAAAUCCUCAAUCAAAUUAAUGAGCCUAUUCUUUUCUCACUUACAGUUGAAGAAAAGCUGUGUAUGUGAAAGGAGAAUCGAGCCCAUUUACUUUACAUAAUACCCAAAUUUCAGGCUGCACUCAUGUCAUAGAAGGACAGAAACCAGAACAAAUCUUUGCCUCUUUAAAGCCAAGCAGCAUAAUGGAGACUGUGGAAAUGAAUGUUGACACUUUCAGUGCAGUUGAAAGGGCUGGGCGAAUCUUCGUUGCCCUAACAUUGCUGUGUGUGCAACUUGGAUGGCAGCGUGUCCAGCAACUCAAUCCUAUGGCUGUUUUAAAACAGCAGAAUUACUAAAGGUGUGUCACAGUUCUAAAGUUUGGAAAAGCCCCUUAUAUUUGGUACUUGAACAAUCUCUUUUCUGUUGUUUGAAUGUUUGUUUGUUUUUUUUCUUUACACUAACAAUGAAAAUCUGAACUGUUAGUGAGUCUUGUAAGUGCUGCAUUUUGCAGACAUAAAACAGGUACUUUUUGGUGGGUGGGGGGAAGGGUAAGAGACAGGUUCAAAAUGCAGUUUUAACAGCACUAUGGUGAAGUGGGGUUUUGUUUUCAGCCAUAUUCUAGAAUCCUACAUUCUUUUGUUUUUCUUCCUACCUUAAUGUCAGCUUUUGUUUACAGCAGAGUCAAAAUAUAUUCCUGAAAGAACAAAGACUCAUGCCAAUUUUUGCUUCGAAUGGCAAAUUUAAGUCAGAUGCACAGAGGCUUUAGUAAGUGAGAGAAUGGGUUGAAAAUCCGGGCUCAGCUUCUUGAAGAACUUCUGAUUGUAGUUUGAGCAAGGAACAGACAAUGCACUUGAACAGGACUCCUGUCUAUUCACAAAAGAUUAGACGUCAAAAUGAUUCUAGUCUCAACUUUUGCAUAGAAAGCCUUGGAAUAAUUGGUUAUACGUUUUAAAAAGUGUGUGUGUGUGUGUGUGUGU